AGGCAGAACUCCAAUCCAGCAGAAGAAAUGCUGAUAAUAUAUUCCAAAAUCGUACGGGGCAUGGUGGACAGAGGCUACACCAGGGACACACAGCAGUGCUGCAUGAAAAUUAAGGAGCUCAGGCAAGCCUACCAAAAGACAAAGGAGGCAAACAGUCACUCUGGGUCAGAGCCCCAGACAUGCCGCUUCUAUGAUCAGCUGCAUGCCAUUUUAGGGGGGGACCCUACCAGUACGCCACCACUCUCUGUAGACACCUGCAAGGUGGCAGCCUCACACAACAGGGAUGAGGAUUUUGUCAAUAAGGAGGUGGAGGAGGAUGCACAGCAAGCAACUGGAGAAUCUGUUCUCCCCAGCAGCCAGGACCUUUUCCUUACUCUGGAGCCAAUACCCUCGCAGGGCAUAUUGUUCCUGGCCCCUGAAGGCGGAGAAGGCACCUCUUCUGCAAAUGUUUCUAUGCUCCCCGCAUCAACUCCGUCCCUGAGGUUAUCGCAGAUUAGAAGGCGAAAAAAACACAUUCGCGAUGCCAUGUUUUCCAAGCUCAUGCAGUUCUCCUGCACUGAUAGGGCACGGCUGAAUGCGUGGAGGCCUUUGGUUGCAGAGACCAGGAAAGCAUACAGUGAGCAUGAUCGGAACAUGCAGGAGGAGCUGCUGAAGCUAAUUGGGGAGCGAACAGACAUGAUGAGUCUGGUGAAGCUGCAGGAAAGGCAACUAUAGUACAGACACCCACUGCAUCCAUUG